GCGCUUACUCGGCGCUAGGGGGCGCUCAUCAACAAACCCGACAUACGGAGCCUUGUGUCCUAAGAGCAGCAUUUUAUUUUACAGAAAACGCUAUAUUUUUCAUUUGCUGUUAUUUUUAAGAUUGCACGCGAUGUAUAUAUACUUUUGUGGAAGUAUCAGGGGAGGAAGGCAGGAUUUGAAGAUUUAUCAGAGAAUCGUGAAGAAACUGCAGAACUAUGGACAAGUUUUGACAGAGCACGUGAGCCACGAUGAUAUAUCAGAGAAAGGUGAGGAUGCUACACUAGGAGGAGACAAGGCUAUCUAUGAGCGUGAUAUGGAAUGGCUGGCUCAGUCUGAUGUUGUAGUUGCUGAAGUAACCCAACCAUCCUUGGGUGUGGGAUAUGAAAUCGGUCAAGCAACGGCCAUGAAAAAAAGGAUUCUGUGCCUUUUCCGACCCUCAUCAGAGAGAGUGCUGUCUGCAAUGAUACGAGGUGCUGAGGGCAAGUUGGGCAGCUCUGUCUUCCAGGUACAGGAUUAUAAGGAAGAGGAUGUUGAAGGCAUCCUGGAGAAUUAUUUUGGUGAACUUGCCAAGAAUUAAUAUGCAUUAAAAUACAUAUACUACAUGGUCAAAUGUAUGUGAACACCAGACCAUCACAGCUAAAUGCUCUUGUUGAACAUCUUUCCAAAGCCAUGGUUAUUAAUAUGGCCCAGUGUGGCUGUUAAAAGCUUUUGUGAAGGCUUUUCAGUAGAUCCUGAAACAUUAUUGAGGAUUUGUCCAUUCAACCACAUGAGCAUUAGAAAGGUCAUCACCGAUAUUGUGUGAGGAAGCCUGGUUCAGGUCAGGACUCAGUACAGAUCACUCGAGUUCUUCCACUCCAUCCUCAGCAAACCAUGUCUAAAUGGGCCUCACUUUGUGCACAGGGGGAUUGUCAUGAAGGAACAGGUUUAGGCCCCUUAGUUCCAGUGAAGGGGAAACAUAAUGCUACAGCAUAAAAAUAUAUCAUAAUUGUGUGCUUUCAAAAGUACUAUUACUUUGUGGUAACAAUUUGGGGAAGAUCCACAUAUGGUGUGUUAUGGUCAGGUGUCCACAUAUUUUUGGCCGCAUAGUGCACAUCACUCAUAAUGUAAUGAGUAUCUUCAUUAUCCAGCUCUGGAUAGAAUGCUUUUUGUAAGUAGAGAUUUUCAGUUUAACAGAGGCACUUGAGUUUUAUAUAAAUUACUGACACAAGAUGCUUUUGUGUUUGUUAAAAAAUAUGCCUUUGUAUUUGUCUCAAAUUGAAAGAUUUAAAAUAAGAUUCCACAAGCACAAAAACAUUGUGAUAUUUUCAUCAUAGUAAAGUGUUACUGUUCAUUAUUUUUCCACAUUCUUGUGUCUGAUUUUUGUUCUUAUCUCACAGCAUCUGAUGUAAACAAUUUGAUCUUUUAUAGAUCUUUUAUAGAUAUAUUUCUUAAUAUUGGAGAAAGAUAAAUUUAUAUGAUGGGAAGUGACUCAUUUAUUUGAAACCAAUUCAUUCAUCAACUAUGUGCAUAUAUAUUUGGACUGGUUGUGUAUGAUCUCACAGCAGUAGCACAGAUUUGGUCACUCCAACAAAAUCCAUAAAUAAGCCAUCUGCUAGGAGUUAAUAGUAUUUUACAGUUGUAUAGCUCCUCUGCAAAUAUACUUUUAGUGCAUAUAUCCACUUCAUAUUUACAUACAGACACUUGAUUUGAUAAAUACCAAAUGAACAAUGAUACACUUUUGAAUAAAACUGUUGUUAGCAGUAACAGCCUUGAGAUCAAUGUUCCAUUCAUCUUGCCAAAUUGUCUAUCAGUUUCAGAUGCCAUUAGUUUUGUACAUUAAUUUUUGAAGUACAAAGAUAAAAACAUUGUGUGUGUGUGUAAGAAUGAACUGAUAAUCUUUACUGGAUGUACAUUAAAUAAUGAAAGCAAAACAG